AUGUUGGUAGCCAAGUUAGACUCUACUAACUUGGACAACGAACUUUUCAGCACGUUAUGGAGCUUACUCCAGAAAAAUGCACCUCCAACUCAUUUCAUUGAGGAAUCAAAGCUUCUUUUAAACGCACUUAUAUUUUACUUCUCUUGUAGAAACGCUCCCGGUGGAAAUACGUACACUUAUGGAUCAUUCCUAACAGGAGUUUUGUUUCAGAAAAGCAAACGAUUUCUAUUCUUGGCAAACGUUUUACUGCCAGAAUUGUUACGACACUUGCAAAAGAUACUAAUUUCCACCACUGAUGCAAGAUUACAGUGGUCAGCUUUCAUCAACAUAGUCACUCAUGUCUGGUGCUUCAACACAUUCCUCCAAUUUCUGUCAUCAAACAACGGAUAUCUAUCGCUCACCCAUAAACUACUACGAAUAAAACCAAAGUUAGGCAACACGUCCGAGUUUUACACAGCAACAAUCAACUCCAACAUACAGUUUUACAACUCGCAGCUCCUUUACAAUGCAAUCUUGCAACUUCUGAAAAGCCACAUUUUCAAAUCAAGAACCUUUAGCACCCUUCUAAAAAGAAGGAAACCAUUACCUAAUACAAUACCUAGGUCCAAGGACAAUUGCCCUAAUUGCCGAAACGCUCCAGUUAACCCAUAUGUAGCCACUUGCUGCGGGUCACAGUACUGCUACAUUUGCAUGCUGAAAUGUAUUCAAUCCAAAAGUUGCAGUUUCUGCGACUCCACGUCCAUACAUGGGAAGCCACUUUACAAUCAUUCCGUCACUAAGCUAAAGGAGAACACAUAA